UCUCACUUUCUUCCCUUUAUUCCUCUCCUGAUUUUAGUACAAGUUGCAUCUAAUGUGUGCAAGGAACUAAAUAUGGUAGAAAUGCUAAAAAUCAGUUUGGAGCAGAUGGAAUCAGAUCUGCUUCAGCUGCAGAGCUAACCAUGACAAAAUCUAUGAUAUUUUUUGACGCUGCAGUAUUCUCUUCCUUUCUCUGCGGUGAGAAAGGAAGAGAAAACUGAAGAAGUAUGGCGUUGUGCAAUGAGGGCCCCCCGCAUCUGCCUAUAUAUAAAGAGGAGGCCUGUAUCAUCGAUAUCGAAAGCAAAAUGGUGAACCAGUCAGAUGGCCAGAUUGAAGGGGAAGGGAAGAAGCAUACGCAGGAUGGUGAUGGUAGGCCUCAGAUGAUGGCCGCUGCUUCUAUUCGGACGUGGCAGAUGGACUUUCUGCUCCUUCUUCCUCCGUGGGAAGACGAAAAGGGCCUGAAAUUUUCGGGAGGGUCGUGUUGUUCAUGUCCUUUAAGAAACCGGACCUAAGACUUCGGCUAUUGUUUCUUGAAAUAUUUCAUCCGCUUUGAGCAAAAAGUUUUACGCCCCCAAUUACAGCCUUGCUGGGACAUUUUGAAAGUUAAAGAAUAAGAGUAUUGGAUUCUUGCUUGCGAUGAGAUUUGAGAUUGGAUUCGGGUUCUUUUCAGUGUUUAGUUUUUUAUUCUGAAGCUAAGUCGUAUUAUUGCGAACUAUGGCUAGUGUUCUUCGGCACAGAUCGAGAUCGGAAGGUAAAGACUAGCUGCGAAGUUCGCAGCAGAUUCUUGCAUCGAAGAACGUCGUUGGAGGUGGGAUUCCAAGCAAAACGGCUUCGUAGGGUUUCCGUUGAUUCUAGGGUUUUAGAAGAUUUUGGGACUUCCGAUGGCUGAUGAUGGAGAGAAGAGGAGGUACAGGGUCGGUUACGCGCUCGCGCCUAAGAAGCAAGAGAGCUUCAUCCAGCAAUCACUGGUCGAUCGCGCGAAGGAGCGAGGAAUCGAUCUUGUUCGCAUCGACGCCGGUCGGCCGCUGGCGGAGCAGGGGCCCUUUGACUGUGUCAUCCACAAGCUCUACGGCGAGGAAUGGCGGAACCAGCUGCGAGAAUUCGUGGAGAAAUACCCACGCGCCGCCGUCAUCGACUCGCCGGAGGCGAUCGAGCGACUGCACAACCGAAUCUCCAUGCUGCAAGCGGUGUCGGAGCUCCAGAUCCCCCAGGAGAGCGAGACGUUCGGCAUCCCGAAGCAGAUCGUCAUCUACGACGCCGAGACCCUGGAGAGUCUCGCAGGUCUCGAGUUUCCGGUGAUCGCGAAGCCGCUGGUCGCCGACGGGAGCGCGAAGUCGCACAAGAUGUCGCUCGUCUUCAACCCAACGGGGCUGGCGAAGCUGAGGCCCCCUCUGGUGCUGCAGGAAUUCGUGAACCACGACGGCGUCAUCUUCAAGGCGUUCGUCGCCGGCGACCACGUCCGGUACGUGAAGCGCAAGUCGCUGCCGAACGUGUCGGCCGAGAAGCUGGGGAAUCCGGUGGGCUCACUUUCGUUCUCGCAGGUCUCCAACAUGACAGAGCGCCGCCGCGGGGGAGAGGAGGAGUACUACGAGGACCUGCGGGAGAGCGCGAUGCCGCCUUUGAGCUUCAUGGAGGAAAUGGCGAGGGGGCUGAGGAGGGCGCUGGGCCUCAACCUCUUCAAUUUCGACGUCAUCAGGGACGUGAGGGUCGGGAACCGCUACCUGGUGAUCGACAUCAACUAUUUCCCGGGCUACGCCAAGAUGCCGGGCUACGAGGCCGUCCUGACGGAUUUCUUUUGGGACGUCGUCCGCCAGGCGGAGCUCCGAUCGGCGGCGCACGACGCAGCGGCGGAGGGCAGUGCUGCGGGCAACGGCGAUCGGCUUUGCAACUCGGACGGCCACGUCAGUUUUUGAACGUGAAUCGUCUUCUCAAUGCCGAAUCGGACCGGACAGAGCCGGUUCUUCCGUCGGAAAAGUGUAGGGUAUUGAAUUUCUUUGUCAAAAUUUAGAAAUGUAAGCAUAAGCAAAAGAUCUAAACAGGUUCAAAAGGUCACUAAACCAGUCUUGGUAUGGAAGGUUU